CCACUUCCUUCCCCACCCCUUUCCCUCUGCCUGGACUGCAGCCUGUGCCCGGAGCGUUAGGGGGAGCUGGGCCUUGUUCCUUGCGAAGACGGGAGUCGGUUGGACCGGGCGAAGAAGCCCCGGCGUCUCCAUCGGACGCUCCAUUCUUUGACCGCUGUGCGCUGCCAGGUCGACGUUUGUCCCCGCCGCUUGGAGCGUGUCUAUGAAUCGUCCUUUUCUGGUCUCCGAAAUAGCAGAAAGCGACCCAGCCCGGCCAGCUUCCCGGAGCCCCGGCUGUUGCUGACUGACGAAGCUUCGGCCACGGCGACAAGUCCGGCAGCACUGAUUUCCCCGUUCUCCCGACGGACCGUGCUCCAGCCCCCGAGGAGGGGGCAACUCGAAAAGAAACCGUCAACGGUCACCGCCAACGAGCCAGGCGGGAGCGCGGUUACCCGGGAGACCGGGCGGGCGGCGCGUGGCUACGGGGCGACCGACGGGAGCCCUUGUUACGGCGCGCGAGGAGCCGGAGUGAAGUGAGGGAGACGGGCUGAGUGGCCAGAACUCAACCACUGACGGCCGCAAGUUCUCUUCACCGGGUGGCCGUUGGUUAUUGUCAUCCAAACAGCACGUGCUUAUCUACAAGAAGAAUAGAGCAACUAUUGGUUUCCAUAUCUCACUAUUUCAAUAAUUUUCUGGAAGAUUGAAAAGUAGAUAGCAAUCUAGAUUGUGGGAACAAAUAUUGAACUUUAGAAUCCUGAAGCUGAAGAAUGAAAACGUAAAGGAAUGACCAUAUUUAAGGAUUGGAAACUGUGACUGAGAUAUGCUUCUAUGAAUAAAGAAUUUCAUGGAAAAAAUGAAAAAAUUCAAGCGACGACUUUCUCUGACCUUGCGAGGCAGCCAAACAAUUGAUGAGUCUCUGUCUGAGCUUGCAGAGCAAAUGACCAUUGAAGAAAAUAGCAAUAAAGAUAAUGAGCCAAUUGUGAAGAACGGCAGGCCUGCAACAUCGCACAGUAUGCACUCCUUUCUCCACCAGUACACGGGCUCUUUCAAAAAGCCCCCACUGCGGAGACCCCAUAGCGUGAUUGGUGGGAGCCUCGGCUCUUUCAUUUCCAUGCCCAGGAAUGGUGGUGGUAGACUAGAUAUAGUCCAUGAGAAUUUGAAAAUAGGUUCAGAUGGUGAGAGUGACCAAGCUUCUGGAACGUCAUCUGAUGAGAUACAGUCACCUACCCGUGUUCGUAUGAGGAACCACUUACACAGGAGAAUCUCUGUGGAGGAUGUCAAUAAGAGGCUAUCACUGCCUGCAGACAUUAGAUUGCCUGAUGGAUAUUUGGAAAAACUGCAGAUGAGUAGUCCACCUUUUGAUCAGCCUAUGAGUAGAAGAUCCCGCAGAGCUUCUCUAUCUGAAAUUGGAUUUGGAAAACUAGAAACUUACGUUAAGCUGGAUAAACUUGGAGAGGGUACCUAUGCAACGGUGUUUAAAGGAAGGAGUAAGCUGACUGAUAAUCUGGUAGCAUUGAAAGAAAUCAGGCUGGAACAUGAGGAAGGUGCACCUUGCACAGCAAUACGGGAAGUCUCAUUACUCAAGGACCUGAAGCAUGCGAACAUAGUCACUUUACAUGAUAUUAUUCACACGGAAAAGUCAUUGACACUAGUGUUCGAGUACUUGGACAAAGACCUUAAACAGUAUAUGGAUGACUGUGGAAGCAUAAUGAGCAUGCACAAUGUGACGAUAUUUUUAUUCCAGAUUUUACGGGGUUUGGCAUAUUGUCAUAAGCGAAAAGUGUUACACCGAGACCUGAAACCACAGAACCUGUUGAUAAAUGAAAAGGGAGAACUAAAGCUUGCUGAUUUUGGUUUGGCAAGAGCCAAGUCUGUUCCAACAAAGACAUACUCAAAUGAAGUAGUAACUUUGUGGUACAGGCCUCCAGAUGUUCUUCUGGGCUCUUCAGAGUAUUCAACACAGAUUGACAUGUGGGGCGUUGGAUGUAUCUUCUAUGAGAUGGCAUCAGGAAGACCUUUGUUUCCUGGUUCCACUGUUGAAGAUGAAUUGCACUUGAUUUUUAGGCUACUAGGAACACCUACAGAGGAAACAUGGCCAGGCAUAUCUUCAAAUGCGGAAUUUAAGGCUUACAACUUCCCUAAGUAUAAGCCACAGCUUAUAAUAAAUCAUGCACCAAGGUUGGACACAGAUGGAAUUGAUCUGUUAUCCAGUUUUUUACAAUACCAGGCCAAGAAGAGAAUUUCUGCUGAAGAUGCAAUGAAGCAUCUUUACUUUAAAAGCCUUGGAACAAGAGCCCACACUCUACCUGAUGGUGCCUCAGUUUUUUCACUAAAUGAAAUUCAGUUGCAAAAGGAUCCUGGCUACAGAACCUCUUCAUAUCCAGACACAGCACAUGGAAAAAACAGAAGACAGAGCAUGCUGUUCUAGACUAUCUUGCAAAAUUGCAGACUUGAGUUCCACUGGCUUGCCAUUUUACAUCGCAGUUACCCAGGAUUUUGAAGACAGCAAUUUCCAUAAUUUAGCGUGGAUCAGAACUUGAAUAUCAACAUGUCUCCUUUACUGCCCUUGCAAUAUAGUCUUUUAUUAUGAUGUGUAGAUUGUUUUAUAUUCACAAAUCACAUUGAGACAUUUUUUGUGUGUGUGUGUGUGUGUAUAUAUACAUAUAUUAUGUGUAUAUACAUGUAUAAUAUGUGUAUGCACAUAUAUAUUUCCACACACACACAAAAAAUAGUUUUAUUGUUUCACCUCUGCUGUUUUAUAGCCGGUAGUUACAGCUGCUGCUGUAACUUCAGCUGCAGUUUUGUGCAGUACUGGAAACAAAAUGCUUAUUUAUUGGGAAUCAUUGCUGCUAAAUGACUACUGUCCAUUAACCACAUCAUGGUGGUAUAGCGGAAAAUGUGAGUGGCUUAUAGCAUGUGAAUGCAUCUGUUUCUUCUGAUAACUAUUUCCAGCAUUUUGCAGACUUUACUGUUACAUUUAAUUCCAAAUGCUCUUGAAUAUUUAAAUAUCCGCAGAGCUUCACAUUUAAAAAAAAUUGAUUGUGUUGAGGAAUCUUGCACCCUCUGAGCUCAUACAAUAGAAUAUUUAAAUUUUGUCUGAAAUUUUGUGACCAGCAGGGAAACUGAUUAGUGUUUUAAAAAUUGUUUAAAGAAAUCAUCAUCAAAUAUGUUGUUUCAUUACUAAAUAUUAGCAAAUUCUUUGCACCUAUUUUUCCAUGUCACUUUAUGAAGACAUGGGAAUUUAGAGGGUUUAAUUUUGUAUCUGAUCUCUGCUGUUAUUUCUGCAUCAUUUUAUAAUGACUUCACUACAAAACUUAUGUAUCUCAAUGAGUGUCAUAAGUAGGCUUUUGUUAACAGUAUUUGUAUGUAUGUUUGCCUUUACAAAUAAUGGUUUUAGUGGAUCUACAUUUUAGGAUUACUGUUAAUAUAUAAUUGUUAAGAAAUCAGAUUUGUAGCAAAUGCAAAUAAUCAUUGAUGACAUUUUCCUGGACUUUUUACUGUAAACUUAUUCAGGGUCCUAUCAUUUUCAUAAAUUUACAUAGUUUGUUAUUUAACAGUAUUAAGGAUAUUUUGUAUGUUUAAUUUUAUUUGUGAACUGUGAUGAUGGCAUGUUGAAAAAAUUGUUUACUUGUAUUUUGUGUUGCUUGUGACUUGAUUUUAAUUGGAAUUUUGUAAGAAGGAAAAGGAAACAGAUUCAUUGGUAACAUUGUACAUUGGACCACUACUGCUCAUCAAAAUGAUUCCAGGCAGAGAUGUGUAUAUCUAACUAAAACUGCUGUGCUAUUUCUGACUGACAGUACUAUUUUUGGAAAGUAUAAAUAUUACAGUGCAUUCCUUGUUUUAACCGA